AUGCUCGCCCAACUCUUCGCUCUCCUUCCCCUUCUGGCCUUGGUCUCUGCCACUCCCAUCCACAAGCGUGACGGCACACUCAUCCGUUCUGGCCGAGAUGGGCAGUGUCUUGCUCUCGAGGGCUUGCCUGGCGUCCAGCGCUACGGCCUCGUCAAGAACGGAACGCCAGUCAUCACUCGGGACUGCCUAGGCGCCAACACCUGGUUCAUCAACCGAGGCAGCGGCUCCAUUACCAUCCCGGGCACCAACUUUGCUCUUGACAUUGGUCUGAACCCAGGCAACAAUGGUGCCCUCAAGGUAUGGGAAUCCUACCCUGGCUCCCCGCAGCAGACCUGGUAUCUCACCGAUGACAACCGGAUCGCCCAGACUGGCGGCAACCAGUGUCUCGACGAGGGGGACAACGGUGUCCAGACCUACCAAUGCACCACCGGUAACACCAACCAGGUCUGGUACAUUGACGACAACUCUUCUGCACCUACCACCACCGUCUCGCCCACUACCAGCAGCGCCGCGCCCUCCAGCACCGCGGCGCCAUCUGGCAACCCCUUCCGCAUCGUCUUUGGCAACGACCAGUGCCUGCUCACCACCGGUUCUGACACCCCGGACAAUGGCACCCCCGUCGUGGUCGCUCCCUGCUCGAGCUACGGCGCCAAGUACUUUACUCGGGUCGGCAACCAGCUCCAGCUGAGCGGCACCAACUACUGCCUCGACGCUGGCACCAACCCCCACGAUGGUGUCGCGAUGAAGCUCUGGCAGUGUGGCAACUACCCUCAGCAGCAGUUCAUCCAGCAAGGACCCCUCUUAGUCACAGCCAAUGAGGAGUGCCUCGACGUCAAGGCUGACGAGCCUUCGGUCCUCCAGACCUGGCACUGCUCGGCUCAGGACCCGCAGCAGGCUUUCACGUUCGCUUAG